AAUGGGAGGGGCGUCUUUAAACCACGCCUAAUCUUGCGUGGCUACAGUGCUAAUGCUAAGGCUUUGUCCUGUAGUGUUGGACACUUGCUCAGCUGUCGUCUUGAAAGUGAAAUCAAACACAUAUAUUCAUAAAUAUUAUAAAUCCCUCUCAGCUAUGAGCAAACGAAAAGCGCCACAAGAAUCUCUGAACGAAGGGAUCACAGAUUUCCUCACAGAGUUAGCCAAUUAUGAGAGAAAUGUCAACAGAGCCAUCCAUAAAUACAAUGCUUACAGAAAAGCAGCGUCUGUGAUCUCCAAAUAUCCACAGAAGAUCAAAAAUGGAACGGAAGCAAAGAAACUGGAUGGAGUUGGUGCAAAGAUAGCAGAGAAAAUUGAUGAGUUUUUAACAACAGGAAAACUGCGUAAGCUGGAAAAGAUUCGUAAUGACGACACAAGCUCCUCCAUCAACUUCUUAACCAGAGUGACUGGAAUCGGUCCUGCUGCAGCCAGGAAGUUUUUUGACGAGGGCGUCAGGAACCUGGAAGAUCUGAAGAAGAUCGAACACAAACUCAACCACCAUCAGCAGAUCGGCUUAAAGUACUUUGAUGAAUUUGAGAAGAGAAUCCCUCGUACAGAAAUGCAAAAAAUGGAGACUCUGAUCCUCAAAGAACUGGAAGUGGUGGACCCCGUGUACAUCGGCACGAUCUGCGGCAGCUACAGAAGAGGAGCCGAGUCGAGUGGUGAUAUUGAUAUUCUGCUGACCCAUCCGGACUUCACCUCUCAGUCUGAGAAACAGCCGAAGCUUCUUCACGCCGUCGUGGAUCAUCUGGAGUCCAUCGGCUUCAUCACCGACACGCUGUCUAAAGGAGACACUAAGUUCAUGGGUGUGUGUCGGCUGCAGAGAGAAGACGAGGAUGAGGAAGAACGUUUUCACCGCCGUAUUGACAUCAGGCUCAUUCCUAAAGAUCAGUAUUACUGCGGCGUGCUGUACUUCACCGGCAGUGACAUAUUCAACAAGAACAUGAGGACUCACGCGCUGGAGAAGGGCUUCACGCUCAACGAGUACACCAUCCGCCCAGUGGGCGUCACUGGUGUGGCUGGAGAGCCUCUGCUGGUGGACAGUGAGAAGGACAUCUUUGACUACAUCCAGUGGAAAUACAAGGAACCAAAGGAACGCAGCGAGUGAAACCCUGAGAGACAAAACUGCAAACUCAAAAACUGUGUGUGUGUGUGUGUGUGUGUGUGUGUGUGUUCAACUAUUCUCUACUAGUGUAUUUUAAUAGUAGAAGAGACAUUUAGGGAAAGGUGUGUGUGUUUGUUUGAAGGUCACAAAUCUGCUAUUUCUCAGUAGUCUGGUGCUUUUUUUAAUGUAUAUUUUGUUUUAAAUGCAGGUCAUAAAUUUGUUUGAGUGAACUGAGAAAUGACAUUAAUGCUGUGACAAUAGCUAUUAGAUUGUCAUCCUCUCAAAAACACGUCUUUAUUUCAAAAUACU